AUGAACCAAAAAGGCGAUGAAGGAGGAGACAAGCCUGUUGGCUCCACAUGCGCCGCGGCGCUCUGUAGCCUUCAGCAGGAACACCGGCAUCAGUCCGUAGGCAUGUCAGCCGGUGGAUGUGAGAGGACGGCGGACAGGCCAUCAGAUCCCGCUGCAGAGGAAGAGGGGCCAAGCCAAGCGGGCCCCUCGCAGCCUGCUAUUGAGCUCCCAAGGAAAAGAAAGGGAGUUGUGGAGGAGAGGGCAGACACCCAUGUACAGCAAAGCUUUGACUUUCAAAUGGAUGAUGACUUCAGCAGAUCUGAAGGAGAGGAUCAGCAUGUCAAAAUGAAAUGCCUCAGGGAGCCUCACCGCCAGAUUGAGAAGCGACGAAGGGAUAAAAUGAACAACCUCAUUGAUGAGCUGUCUGCCAUGAUCCCUGCCUGUCAGCCCAUGGCUCGAAAACUUGACAAACUCACUGUGCUGCGGAAGGCUGUCCAACACCUGAAAGCCCUCAAAACUGGGAUGAGCAGCACCUUUGCAGACACCACCUACACGCCUUCCAUCCUGCCUCAUGAUGACCUCAGGCACUUUCUGCUCAGGGCUGCAGACAGUUUCCUGUUAGUUGUAAGCUGUGACCGGGCAAAAGUCCUGUUCAUCUCUGAGUCCGUCUCCAAGAUUCUCAACGUUAGCCGGAUGGAGCUGACUGGGCGGAGCCUAUUUGAUUUCAUCCACCCCAAAGAUAUCAACAAGGUGAAGGAACAGCUGUCAUCUUCAGAGUUGUACCCUCGCCAACGCCUCAUUGAUGCUGCAACUGGAGUUCAGGUCCAGGCAGACGCCCCGGUCAGGGCAUCCUACUUGUCAACUGGGGCUCGGCGAUCCUUCUUCUGUCGCAUGAAGCAUAGUCAGGUGGCAGGGAAGCACGAAGACAAACGCUCGCUGCCCAGUAUUUCAAAAAAGAAAGACACUUACAGAUACUGUACCCUCCACUGCACUGGAUACAUGCGGAGUUGGCCGAGCAGCCAGCUGGACUCAGAGACUGAUGCCGAGAAAGAAGCCACAAACCUGACCUGCCUGGUGACAGUGUGCCGCCUCCAUCCUCAUGUGUCCCACUACCCUUCCAAAGACAUCAACCUCAAACCCACUGAGUUCAUCACCCGCUGUGCGAUCGACGGCAAGUUCACUUUUGUAGACCAACAAGCCACAACAGUCAUUGGUUAUUUGCCGCAGGAAGUUCUCGGUACAUCAUGUUAUGAGUACUUCCACCAGGACGACCUGCAGCACCUCACAGAGAAACACAGGCAAGUUCUCCAAAGCAAGGAGAAGAUUGAGACACAGUGCUACAAGUUCAAAACAAAAUAUGGCUCCUAUGUUUCACUCCAAAGUCAGUGGUUUAGUUUCACAAAUCCAUGGACCAAAGAAGUCGAGUUUAUCGUGUCUUUAAACAGACUUAUCUCGGGGCCCGAUCACACAAGAGCUGAUGAGGAGGCGGGCAGCUCAAAAGCACUUCAGGAAGACACAAAACAAAUACCCAUAAUUCCUAGCCUUUCCAGUGGUUUGGGCACAAUGAUCUAUGCCGGCAGUAUAGGGACUCAAAUCGCAAAUGAGCUCAUCGACUCCUACAGGAUGAACUCUUCUUCUCCAUCGAGCAGAGCUUCCAGUCCAUUUGGUUUGUCCCAGGAGAAAUGUCCACUGGUUUCCCCACAAACCAGCAGGAGUGCAUCCAGCAGAGAAGACACAGCAGGCAGUUUUUCACAAUCCCAGUCUGACUUGAGAACAGCAGCAGGCGCUAGCAGUGCAACUUCUGAAAGUACAGACGAGCCAUCCCAGCCAGACUUGGACAGUAUGGUGGUGCCAGGCCUGAGCAGCUUCAGCAGUGAUGAGGCAGCCAUGGCAGUCAUCAUGAGCUUGCUGGAGACGGAUGUAAACAUGGGUCAAUCGGGGGACUUUGAGGACUUACACUGGCCUUUUUAGAGGGUGCACAGACUUUCAGCCUCGCUCUUGUGCCACUGUCUUGACGUUUGCCAAGAACUUGGGUGUUCAGCUGCUCCUUUUGUGACUGACUGAUCUGGCCUUGCAAAAUUGAACCCAUUGGACUAAAGAGAUGCUGGCUGCAGACACAAGAUGGUGGACCUCAGCCAUGUAGGAACACAUUACUCCAUUGUGGAUGUUGUUAGUUUUUGUGGUAUUCUUGAGACAAUACCACCCCCGGCAGUUUAGUGCACCAUAAGUUGGUUGCAACCCAUCAUUGAAUGAGAGAAAAUAAGAAUCUGAAGACUUGAUGCACAAAGAUCCACUAACCUAGAUGUUCAAACAGCAAACAGGGAGAGGUAAUGAAAACUGAGGAAAAACUGCGUCUUUUUUCUAUUGUUUUGUUUAAUUCUUUGACUUAAACUUUGUGGGAGAGUGUAGCUCACUAAUACAUGAGCUAUUUAGUUAUGGUAACUACGGCAAAUGUAGCCUGCUAAUUGUAAUGUUAUGGAUAAGAUUAUUAAACAGUACUUGGUAUAUUACCUCUCCUUGUUCCUUGUUUGAACAUCUAAAUUAGUGGAUCUGAUUGCUUGUAAAGAUCUAUAACAUUAUAUUCAAUAGCUAUUAGCUUCAAUCUGGUAAUCAAGAAUACUUGUAGAUGUCAAUUAACUACCUUAACAACAAAACUGAGUAAUAUAUCUAUAUCAGUCCAAGGAACACAUUAGACUCAGAUUUAACUAAGAUUUAAAUAGUUGCCAUUUCUGUGAAUCUGAUAUUGAAAAUCUAAUAUUGAAAUAGUUCUACAGCUAUAGAUUUAAUAAGAAUAUGUGGUCAGAUAUUUAUGAUUGGCUUCAUUCUAAAGA